AUGCACGCGCGAAGAAAAUCCACCGCGCCAAGCAUCCCUCUUACCUCGCUCUCAAGUCCCACUGCUACGAGACGUGCUAGCCAGACUCGGCACUCAUUUGCCUCGAGGCGACCUUCUGGCAGCUUCCCGUCAAAUGCCAUCUCAAAUGCGAAGUACAACGUCGUGACAUUCAUUCCGUUGACGUUGUUUGAACAAUUCAAGUUCUUCUUCAACCUCUACUUCCUGCUCGUCGCACUGAGUCAAUUCAUUCCUGCGCUCCGUAUAGGGUUCUUGUCGACCUAUAUUGCACCACUUGCCUUUGUGCUCUUCGUCACAAUGCUACAAGAGGCAUUAGAUGAUAUCACUCGGCGGCGGAGGGAUGAAGAAGCCAAUUCCGAACUUUAUGAUGUACUUGGGAGAGACGCACUGGUCAAAGCGAGGGAUCUCGCGGUGGGAGAUAUUCUGAAAUUGCACAAGGAUAGGCGUAUUCCAGCAGACGCAAUCCUGCUCAAAACAGACGAUGAGUCUGGUGAGGUUUUCGUUCGCACAGAUCAAUUGGAUGGCGAGACUGAUUGGAAACUCAAAGUCGCAUGUGCCGCAACACAAAAGCUUGAUGGUGAGCAAAACCUUCUGUCGAUGCAAGCGACGUGUGUAGCAGAAGCACCGACAAAAGCCAUCGAUACGUUCACCGGCACACUGCAAAUGCAGUCCCCCACCACACAAACUGUGCCACUAUCAGUCGAUAAUGCACUUUGGGCCAAUACAGUCUUGGCAUCUGGCACGACAAUUCUAGCGGUGGUCACGUAUACGGGCAUUGAAACACGACAGGCCCUCAAUACCUCUCGCACACGCGUGAAAGCUGGGCUCUUGGAGCAAGAAAUUAACACACUCAGCAAAAUCUUGUGCGUCUUGACAUUUCUCCUCAGUCUAGCGUUGGUGGCAUUUCAUGGGUUCGGCGAGAAAUGGUACGUCGAUAUUAUGCGCUUCUUGAUUCUCUUCAGUACCAUUAUCCCAAUUUCGUUGCGGGUAAACCUUGAUCUUGGCAAGAAUGUCUAUGCACAUCAGAUAGAGCACGACGCAAGCAUUCCCGACACUGUUGUGCGAUCAUCCACGAUCCCAGAAGACUUGGGACGGAUAGAGUACCUCCUCACAGACAAGACUGGGACCCUCACCAAAAAUGAUAUGGAAAUGAAGCGUUUACAUGUCGGCACCGUCAGUUAUGCUGGCGAGGCCAUGACUGAAGUGGCAGAGAUUGUCAAGAACGGGAAACCCACGGGAAAAGCAGAAGCUGGGAAUCGCUCAAGAAAGGAUAUUCGAUCGAGGGUAUGUCAUGUCGUGCAAGCGCUUGCUUUGUGUCAUAACGUCACGCCUACGAGCGAUUACGAUGGGGAAUCCUCAUAUCAGGCCGCAUCACCCGAUGAGCUGGCUAUCGUCAAGUGGACGACCACUGUUGGCCUGACACUACUAGGUCGGGACCGUCGAGAAAUCAAGCUGCAACGCGGAGAUGAUACGGUGCUUCGAUUUGAAGUACUGCAUUUAUUCCCCUUUCGAAGCGAAACCAAGCGGAUGGGUAUCGUCGUGCGUGAUGUUGCGACGGGCGAGUACUGCUUCUAUGAGAAAGGUGCGGAUGUGGUCAUGGCCAAGAUUGUCGCUGCCAAUGACUGGCUUGAAGAAGAAUGUGGCAAUAUGGCUAGAGAGGGUUUACGUACACUCGUGGUGGGUCGCAAGACGUUGAGUCCUGCUGCCUACGAAAGCUUCCUGCAAGCUUACAACAAGGCUUCUCUUGUUGCCAGCGAUCGAAAUGCCGCAAUGGACGCUGUCGUGGAAAGGCAUCUCGAGCAAAACCUUGAAUUGCUUGGGGUCACUGGCGUGGAGGACAAGCUGCAAGAUUCCGUCAAGCCGGCCCUCGAAUUUCUACGCAAUGCAGGCAUCAAAAUUUGGAUGCUGACAGGAGACAAGGUUGAAACUGCUCGUUGCAUUGCAGUCUCUGCAAAGCUCGUUGCUCGUGGUCAGUACAUCCACCAGAUUGUCAAGCUCAGCCAACCUGAGCAAGCCAUGCGAGAGCUCGAGUUCCUGGAAAAUAAGCGAGAUGCAGCGUUGCUGAUUGAUGGUGAUUCACUGCAAUACUAUCUCGACCAUGCACGAGAUGCAUUCAUCGCCCUUGCUACGCAGCUCCCCGGUGUUAUCUGUUGUCGUUGCUCACCCACUCAGAAAGCAGAUGUUGCGAGACUCAUUCGAGCUGCCACGCGUAAACGAGUGUGCUGCAUUGGCGACGGCGGCAAUGAUGUCAGCAUGAUUCAGGCAGCGGACGUGGGAAUCGGCAUUGUUGGCAAAGAAGGGCGUCAAGCGUCCCUGGCUGCUGACUUUUCGGUGCUCGAGUUCCGGUCACUUAUGAAGUUACUUGUAUGGCAUGGUCGCAACUCCUACAAGCGGUCUGCGAAACUUGCGCAAUUUGUCAUUCAUCGAGGGUUGCUCAUCUCCAUCUGUCAGAUUGUCUUUAGUGUUGUCUCCAAGUUCGCGCCUAUUGCACUCUACGAGGGCUAUUUGAUGGUGGGCUAUGCUACUCUGUUCACUAUGGCGCCCGUAUUUACACUCGCGCUUGACACGGAUCUUGACGAAUCACUGGCGUUGCUAUACCCUGAAUUGUAUCGAGAGUUGACACUCGGCAAGUCACUCUCCAUGACGACCUUCUUUGUCUGGGUUGGCGUCAGCAUCUAUCAAGGUGUCGCCAUCAUGCUAACGACAUUACUGCUGCAACGAGGACAUGAUGCGCGCAUGGUUAGCAUCAGCUACACAGCCCUCAUCAUCAACGAACUCGUCAUGGUUGCCCUUGAAGUUCAGACCUGGGUGCCGAUGAUGGUGUAUGCUGAAAUCGCCACCAUUGUGGUGUACAUCUGCAGCGUCCCAUUUCUCGGCGACUACUUUGACCUUGAAUUUGUCAAGACACCGGCAUUCUUCUGGAAGACUGCAUUGGUUGCUUGCGUAUCGCUGGGACCGCCGUGGGCUCUUAAGUACCUGCGACGUUGGCUCAGACCGCCAGAUUACGCGAAAGUGUCUGGCGCUGCAUAG